AUGAAUGUGACAGAAGUCCACCAGGAUCAAUCAAACAUCUACAGUCCAGGAAAUGCUUCUGGCAAUGGAAGCCUACCUUCUCUGGACCUCUUGUCCCCCCAUGACACAAUCAUUAACAUUUUCACCAUCUUGAUCGUCAACAUCACCAUGAUAUCCCUUGGUUGUACGAUGGAGAUUUCCAAAAUUAAAGGCCAUUUCAUCAAGCCAAAAGGAGUAGGCAUUGCAUUGGUGUCCCAGUUUGGCAUCAUGCCUCUCACUGCUUUCUCCCUGGCCAAACUCUUUCAGAUGGAUAACAUGAAGGCUGUAACUUUGCUCAUAUGUGGAAGCUGUCCAGGGGGAAGCUUAUCAAACAUUUUUUCCCUGGCCUUCCAGGGGGACAUGAACCUCAGCAUUGUGUUGACCACUUGCUCCACCUUCGCGGCCCUGGGUAUGAUGCCUUUGCUGCUCUUUAUUUUCUGCCGAGGCUUUCCCGGUCUGGAAAAUGCCAUCCCUUACGCCGGCAUCAUCACGACCCUCGUGCUCACUGUGGUGCCUUGUACCAUCGGCAUCGCCAUCAAUCACUACAAACCAAAGUGGGCAGUAAUGGUGAAAAAAGUUGGUCUCAGCAUCCUCUUUAUUUGCAGCAUCCUCGUUGUUAUCAUGUCUGGCGCUGCCAUCAAGGACGUGCUGUGGCUCUCCCUCACAGCAGAAAAUGUGACAGUGGCUGCUCUGAUGCCACUAAUUGGCUACGUGCUGGGAUAUGUCUUGUCUCUUAUUUUCGGACUCAGUGCACAAUGCAGGAGAACAAUCUCCAUGGAGACGGGUUGUCAAAACAUCCAACUGUGCUUUGCCAUCCUAAAAGUGGCUUUUCCACUGGAGGUCCUCGGACCCAUGUUUUUCUUUCCCCUGAUAUAUAUGGUGUUCCAAUGUAUUGAGGCCUUUCUCCUGAUCCUUUGUCUCAAAUGUUACCAAACAUUCACGGCACCAGCUGAGGAUAAAAGGUAUAUAAGUGUUGCCAUUAAACAUGAGGCAGCGAACCCAGCAUGA